CCUGCCCUCUUUUCUCUUUAAAUCCAGCUUAGUCAUCUUUUACUGACAUCUGUGGUACGGUGGUUAGAGUCACCAUUUUUGCACUUGCAAAAUGUGAGAUAGAUUCCCAAAUGAGGAAACUAAUUUAAGGAGUAUCUCCGUUAAAAAAGGCAGUUUGGACCAAGAUCUGUUUCCCCAUUGAUAAUGACCCUUUUUUUAAAUUCCAGAUGUUAGAAGUGACAAUUUGAACCAAUGAUCUUUGUUUUCCCACAGAUAAUGACGGUCUCCCUUCACAUCCUGAGCUGAGGUCUGUCCUGAGAUUGUGCCGAGAUCAGUUGUCAACAUGGCGACAACUGACGGCACUGACACGGCCCUGUCUGUGUGGGAGACGAUUGGCAACAUGACGCCUUUUCCCUAUCUCCUGUUUUUUCUUGAGGGAACCUUUGAGCUCUUCCUUGACCGCUCAGUGCUGGUCAUUCUGUCUUUCCUGGUGGGUGUGGCCAUGACACUGGUGGUCCAGGCUCUGUUCUUACGUCACCUGUAUGGCCACAGUCCCACCCUCCCGCCACCCGUACUGGAGCAGAGACCUGUACAGCUGCCUGAGGUCCUCAAGAACCGUCUCAACCAGCAGAGCCUGAAGCAGAAGGAGGAAUGUGUCUGGCUCAACUUCCUCUCGCAGUUUCUUUUCUCAGAGCUCAGAGAGUCGCUGCAUGUAAGAAGAUUCAUCACCAGAAAGAUCCAGACAGAGUUUGAAGAAGUUCUCAAAUCUCGGGGAGGCGUGUUGAUGGACGAAUUGUUUCUUCGAGACUUUGCCUUAGGAAAUAAGUUCCCGGUUGUGAUGGGCCUGUCGGUGGAGAGUUCUGAGGUCAAGGACGAUGUGGUACAGACGCUGGACCUCAAGGCCCGUGUGGUGUACGAUGGAGGUUUCCAGAUCGCCAUCGACGCAGCCCUUCCAUUUGGCCGCAUGGCCUUUGUGUCUGUCAAGGUCAUGAAAAUCCGCGGCCUGAUGCGCUUCCAGUUUACCCUUCUGCCGUUCAGCCACUGGUCCAUGUCCUUUUACGAGGAGCCUGAGGUAGAGCUGGACGUUACAGCACAGCUGGACGGUCACCCUAUGCCAAAACUGAAGAACAUCAUUGCCAAUCAGAUCAAGAGAAUCAUCCGUAAGAAACACACACUGCCCAUGUACAAGAUGCGGUUCAAGCCGUUCUUCCUGCCGAGGCCGGAGGGGGGCAGGCCAGGCCGCUGCAAAGUCCAGGUGGACGGGACGGAGGUUGGUCGUGGGGUGUUGGAGGUCACCGUUGUCUCAGCCUCGCGCCUGCCUAUUGUCAUGAAGGGGGCUCAGAUGUACUGUACACUGUCUGUGGAUGCAUUGCCAUGGCGACAGAUGGUGGCAGAGCAGAGGAAGCAGAAGACAGUUCUAGUCCUGGAGAUGGUGAAAAAGCCGUCAGACCUCAGUCUGGGACUCACUGUGAAAGAUGAAUUUCUGGGUGACCGUUUGAAUCCUGCAGUUGUGGUGGAACAGGUCUUGGUGGGGUCACCCGGUCAUAUGGCUGGCAUACGGGAGGGAGACAUUCUUUUAGCUGUGGCAGAGACAAAAGUGAGCUGUGCAAAGCAGGCCACAAAAACCUUAAAGGCAGCCAAGGACAAGAUCCAAGUCCAGAUUGAACGUGAAAGUAAUGGUGAAAAAACUCCAUCUGUGAACGAAGAGGAUAUUAUGUCAACGUCUAGUGGCAGUCUGUCUGAACUGAUGAACCAGCAGUCACAGAGUUCCGAGUCAGAGGUCACGACGACCUCUGGAGGGGUCACCACCAGUGCAUCUGCUGACCUGGAUUCUGACCCAUCUCUCAUUUCUGCGCCAAAGUCGUCAACCUCCAGUGCCAAGGGUACCAAUGUGAGGAAGACCAGGAUGAGGGAGGCAUCUGAAAGCCCUCACUGGGGCCAGAAGUUUGUGUUCUCAGUGGUUCCAAGCACGCGCUACCUCAACGUGUGUGUGUGGAGCUGUGGGGGUGACCGUGCGGGCAAGACUCAAGUGAUGGGGGCCUCAAAGAGGGACGUGCUGGUCGGAUAUGCGAGCCUUGACCUUGACGACAUCUACUUACAUUGCCUGGUGACCUUGAAUGGUUCAGUGCGAGACAAGGUCAAGCUCAAGCACGGCCAUUACAAGACGGAGGCAGAGCUGGUCAAGCUGUGGUCAGUCCACAAAGGCUGGGAUCCGAACUUGAUGUAUGGCGACGUGCUACUGUCCUUCCACUUCCUCCCCUCCCACCUGAGCGUCCAGCAGCGACAGGCUAUGGCCAGCUGUAAGACCGGGCUGGUCUCUCUGGGUCAUCACCAGGAGGAGGAGGAGGUGGUCAAUGGACGGACAGAUCUGGACCUGGAGAAAUUGGCUGGUCAAGGGGCCCAAGUCCCAACAGAGCUCAGAAAAGAUCUGAAUGAGGGUCAUCAUCAGUUUGAUAGCACGACUUUUGUCACAGCAACGUUUUGUGACUAUUGUGGGAAAAAGAUUUGGAUGAAAGAGGCAUUCAAGUGUCGCUCCUGUCACAUGGUGUGCCACAAAAAGUGUUUAGUCAAGUGUUUGGUCAACACUUUCUGUACAGAGGAUGGAGUGAGGAAAAGAGGAGCGAGAGAUGAACCUUGGCAGCCGCUUACUGCCCCAGGCAGAACAAAAACUUCAGCCGUGGAGGAGACAGGGAAGAGAGGUUCUUCAACGUCGCAAGCACCGUCUGAAGAAUAUGUGAACAUAGAGGAUGAGGCUGCCAAUCAGGAAGGAGGUGUUGUUGAAGCAAACAGUGUGCUGGGCACCCUAGGUGAGGACGAGCUGCCCACUUCUAUCAGUGCCACUGAGAACAAGAGUAACUCCCAGACCAGCACCAGCGGUAGUCGCUUCCAGUUGCUACGCGACCAGACGGAACGUAUGAAGGAGAAUGUUGUCAGACAUCUCCGUAAGGCCAAGGUACAGUCGGCCGGCCUCAGCGACAAGGCCAUUGUGGCCGCCAAGGACACAGGGGGCCGACUGUUCUUUGAAAUGGACCCCAUACUACGCAAGGAUAAACUGGAGGAGUUGCUGGAAAAGCUGGACGAGCAGCUGAAGGAGGAGAUGGCCAACAAGGAAGGGAUCGACGAGGAACUACAUCUGUUAGAACAGUCAGAGCCAACCAACCCACGCUACAAGUCCGAGGUUCGAGCACUGAACAACCGGGCCGUCAAGUCUGUGGAGAAGCAGGAUGCCAUGAGGCUGCUGAUGUUACAGUACUGCUCGGGUCUACAGAACUGUUUGGCUUCUCUGGAGCAGGAGGAAGGAGAGGAAGUGGUGGUGGGAGAGGGGGUGGAUGGUGUUGUCAGACGAGGAGGGGAGCAAGAGGAAGGUUUUAGUGUGGUCAGAGGGAGAGAUAUGGAAGAGAGUUUGGAUGUAAUCAAAGGAGGAGGAGUGAGGGACAAGGAAGGGGAGGGUAAGAUGGACGUGGUUUUGAGAGAGUCUCGGGCUUCAGCUGUGGGUGGAUUUGUUCGGCGAGCGAGUUCGUCUGUGAAAGAGAAGAUGUCUUCUCUGAAGAAAGAUUUUGUUCGUAAGGGGCUUAAGGGUUUGGAGGAGAGAGGGGAAUCCCCUCCCAGGUCCUCUCCUCUCUCUAUCAACAACAGCCGUGGUAGAGUGGGAGGGAGCUUUGUGGAAGAAGGAGGAGGUUUGUGGAAGACGAAGCAAAGAGGGAUUGGGGAUGGGCAGUCAGGGGAAGAAGGAGGGAGUGAGAAAGGGGAAGAUCUCAGAAGGAAUCUACGCAGUAGGAGUGAGGGUGCUGUUCACGGCGUUGCGCGCUCUGUUGAUGCGGUGACGAUGAAUGAUGCGGAAAAGACCUCAUAUCUCCACAGUCUGUUGAGGGGUGGGGACGUCCCUAUUCUGGACGUGGCUCGGCACGGUGACUACCUGAUGCCUGCAGCGCCAGCUGUCAGUGGAGACAACAACACACACGUUCGGCGAAAAUCCGACAUCCAGAUCAGAGUGGAUGAUGUUGACAAAGAGACAAGUGUUCCUGUGGGAGACAAUGAAGUUGCAGAUAGUAAUGAGAGCAACAAUGAUCCUCGCAGGCUUACUCGCGGCGACUCCCGAAUGUCAAGGUCAUGCUCUGAUUCGGGCCUGGAGAUGGGCAAGAUGAUGACCUUGAGCCCGGAGGACAUCUUGCGUUACCAUAGCAACUCGUUGCCCAAAGUUCUGGGCGGAUUUGAUGAGUCGGAUUCUGAGUCAGACUUUCUGGUCAUUGAUUCAAGUGAUGAGCCCGUGGUCACUGAUAGCUCAGAGGAGGAGGAUGGGGAGGCGGAGGGAAACGGUUUGGGGGUGGAAAUACGCACUAAGACUGGUGGGUGUGGUCAGAGAGAUGGUGAUGGUGAUGACCGAGGGGAUCGGAACGAUGAGGGGAAGGGGCAGCAUCGCAACCACUUACAACGGCUGCAGUCGUUUCAGGUGUGAUUACAGCUUCAGCUGCUGUGAAAUGACAUUGACAGCUGCAGUUGUGCGAUGAAAACAGCAUCAGUUGUUUGUGAUGAUGACAGCUGCAGCUGUGUGAUGAGGACAGCUGCAGUUCUUUCUAGUGUAAUAGGGGAAAGGGGGGAGGGGCAGUAUCGCAACCACUUACAACAGUGGCAGGCUGCAGUCGUUUUAGUUGUGAAAUCAUCAGCUGUAUUGCUGUAGUUGUCAAAAACGGCUGCAGCCAUUUCAAGUGUGAUGAUAGCUGUACUGCUAAAAGUCCCUCUGAGCCUUUCCUUUAGAGAUGUCUGUGAUGAUCACAACAGCAGCUGUUUUUUUCUAGUUCGAGGAUUACAACACCUGUAGGGAUCAUUACAACAGGUGCUGUUGCUGUUGUUUCUAGUUGGUUGACUACAACAGCUGCUGUUGUUUCUAGUCGAAUGACUGCAACAGCUGUAGCUGUUUCUUGUUGGAUGAUUACAACAUGUGUACUGCCUAUUUUUAUUCCCAACAAUUUCGAGAUAAAGAGGAUUUUAGUCUGUGCAACCAUUGAAAAAUGUUCUUCGGAAAUUUGAAAUCUAAUUUGCUCAUUAACUAGUCACAGUUUCACUUUGAUUUUUUUUAAGACUAGAAGGAUAACUGAUCAGGCUUUCGACUUAGCAAAUUAAAAAAUUUGUUUUGUCAGCUUACGGCAAUGUAGGGAUCAUUACAGCAGAUCAAUGGGAUCUCUACAGCAGAUCAAUGGGAUCAUUACAGCAGAUGAAACUUGUUUCUAGUGGGAUGAUUUCAACAGCUGUAUCUGUUUCUAGUGGGAUGAUUCCAACAGCUGUAACUGUUUCUAGUUGAAUGAUUACAAGAGCUGCAGUGGUUUCAACAGUUGUGAUUUCUCGGAGUUUUACCUAUAUGAAGACAUUACAUCAUGGAUAUUCUUAAAUGACCUAAAAGUGUUGAUAGGGGCAUUAAAACCCUAUACCAUUUCACCAUCACCAUCAUUGGGAUAAACUUCUCACAUAGAUUAUGAAUUCUUAACUUGGUUAGAGUGUGUUACUGGUAGGUGUGUAUUCAUUGUGACUUAAGGUUUAAUGUUGGUGCAUUUUGGUCACAAGGGGACCAACUCAUAGCUGGACUGUUGUGAACGGCACUGGUUCAAAUCCCCAAAUGGAUAUUCUUGAACUUGUAUUGUGGAGAAAAUUUUUGAAGUCCUCCACUCAUUUGUUGUAGCAGAGAUUGACGUUAAAGUCAGAGUUUCCCCUUCUAUGUAACUAAACAGUGUUGAAAGCAGAGUUGAACCUAUCCAAAAGCAGGUGGAGGGUUCCAUUGCAAUACACACUACAGGCCAAAUCUGGGCAUUUCUGGAAAACCCUGUACAUUCCAUAAUCUUAUGAUAUGUACUGCUGUGAGAAUUUUUAUUUUCCCUCAAAAACACCGUAGCCCUUGAUAUUUAGUAUGAUAAAAGUGCUUUUCUUUCAUACUUUUUGUUUUUUGUGGUACUGUCCGUUCUGUGACAGCUAGGCUCUUUUUAGUCUGAGUGAUUUCCUAUUCGGGAAGUUUCUUAUCCAGUAUCUCUGCAUCUGCUGUCUGCUGGUUGUGUUUUAUCUUACUCGGCCUAGGUUUUCACUAGCAGGUAACGCUUUAGAAAGCUGCCUCCUAGAUUAUCUAUUUUGUGUCAAAGUGAGCGUAAAACUUUUAUCAUGAGUUAGAUAAAUGAUUCAUUAGUACAGCAUUACCGUCUACUAAUUGUGACUUUAUGUUGGUAUAGUUGUCAGGAAAGGGACCAACUCCACCGUAUUUUACGCAAGUGAGAACUGCUUGAAAAAUUGUUGGUACAAUGCACAAACAGGACAUUUUAUUUAUGGUGUCGUUUCUUCACUAUGACGUAAAUAUUGUUUGUUUUCUUGAAGAUGAAGCAAACCAUGUUAAUGGGGGUUUUUUUGUUCCAGCUUUGAUGAAUUUGAUGUAGCCUGUUUAAGUUCUGUUGCAAAUUAUUGGCAUGUGUGGUGUAGCGAGUAGGCUCUUGGUAAAUGCAUGUGAAAGAGGUGAGUUCUUUUGCAGUGUGAGGAGAAUUUCUAUCGGUAUCACUGCUUUCCUGCUGAGAGAUUGUAUCCUUAUCAGCCUGGGCUGGCAUUG